UGUGCAAUUGAAAUGUUUCCUCUUGGCAUGAAUAUAGCCCCUGCUGCUGACAUGGCAUUAAAUAAUAAAUAAAUAAAUCACAACAUGUUAUAUGUAAGAUAAUAUGUGUAUUAUAAUGAACUUAUAAUCUGCUAUAAUAUGGCGGUCGUUCUGGACCAGGAACACAACUAGCUAUCAUGAAAUGAACACAACAGGAGGGUAAAUGCUACAGGCUACAAUGGCAGUUAGUGUAACGUGUUAUGUAGUGUUUCAGGCAACGACAUGGCUUCAGCUAAGUCUCACAAAGGCAUGAGUAAUGCUGAAUGGCUUGCGCGUCUGGAGAGUUUUGCCCAAACAGGAGUUUGGCCAUCUACACAGGGGAAUAGACCUUCUCCCCGACAAAAAAGAUGGCAUGAGAUGUAUCAGAAGAUAGAAAAGUGCCCUCUGCAAAUGAGGGGACAGACCACUCUUCUGAAGGAAGCUCAGACAUGUAUUUGUGGCUUUCACAAGGUUCAUCCACCAGUCACAGGGGAAGCAUCACAGAGCACCCCGGCCCAAAGCACACCCUCUGUCAGCGAUGUGUCAUGUCCUGCAAAGAGACCUAAACUGACAUUGUCAAUGUUUGAAAAGUCAAGGUUUGGAGGCUCACAUGUGGCAGCAGCAAAACCUAAUUUGAGCACCCAGAGGAAAACCUCUCAGAUGUUAGAGCACUCCAGUUCAGCUACAGUUUCAUGUCCACCCUCUGAUCCUCAUCCUCCUCCAUCCCCCAAACCUCAUCAGCCCGUCAUCCAGUCCUCCUCUUCCUUCUUCCUUCCUCCACCUCAGAGUUCACAACGCAUCAAAAAAACAGCAACGCCAUCAACUGUUUCUGAGAAUACUGUUGUGAGGAGCCCACAGGUCUCAUCUCAGCCAGAAGAUCUCCCCCUUCUGUGGCCACAGACAAUGCCACAGCAAGACCAGAAGUGGGUGUCAGAAGCACUUUUUAGGGUUGGUGCAAAGGGAAAGCUGGAGCUGCGUGAAAACCUACAGUUGUGGUUUCACCCCCCACCACCAGCCCUGUUGUACCACCAAGCUCCAACACCUGAUAGGUUUUUUUCACAGCGUCUCUUGCUCUGGAUGCCAUAUAAGCUGUGGAAGGUGCGGCUCCAGUGUACUAACCCUGCCUGUGCCAGGCAACAGCUGUGUGGUGGUGGACUGCACAGGAGGGUACGACAGGUGUUAGACAUUGACAGAUACUACAACCUGGUGACAGAGACCCUGAUCUGCACCAGGUGUAGAACCAGCUAUCUGUCCUGGAGUCAAGCUGUGCUGCAGCAGUUGGACCUGGCCCAUCGAUCUGAAUUCAGGGUCAUCCUCACACGCAAGUAUGCCUGUGACAUUCGGGUUCUUCGCUUGCUGCGUGAGAGGGCCAUGGGGAAUGGCCCAGUGAGGAUCAUCGGCCAGCUGAGAGAGAACCACAGUGAGGAGUGGUUGAAACGUGCGCUUCGGUACACAUCAGAGUGUGUGGCCUUUUUUGAUAAUCGUGGCCUGCAUCCGCUGCACUUCCAGGAGCCACCACCACUUGCUUCAGUACCCAGCUACAAAUGGCUCCUCACUGUAUAUAGUCAGGACAUUCUCAACAGGCUCGAUCACAUAAAGGCCAGCAUAACAUCCACGUAUGGAUCAAUCUUAAAAAUGGAUUCAACUAAGAAGAUCACCAAGAAGUUGAGUGGGCCUGCGAAAGGCACAGCACAGUGGCUUACCUCAGUGGGCAAUGAGAUAGGUCAGGUGCUGAUGAGUGUCCUGACUGCGAAUGAAGGGGCUGGGUUAGACCUCAUGGCUGCAGGGCUCAUGGAGCGAUACCGGAGUGCUGGUGUUGAUCCUCCCACUAUCAUUUAUGUGGACUGUGAUUGUUGCAAGAAAGUGGGAGAGACUAAAUUGAAGAGGCGGUUCAGCGGCUGGCCAGAUGUCAUCGUCCGCCUAGACAUUUGGCAUUUUAUGCGACGUCUGGCAGUAGGGUGCACCACUGACGCCCACCAGUUGUACCCUACUUUUAUGGCAAGGCUGUCAUCCUGUAUUUUUGAGUGGGAUGCAGGGGAUCUCACUCUGCUGAGACAGGCCAAAAGGGAGCAACUCAUCCAACAGGGCUGGCCUACUCUGUCGGAGGCAGAACUGGACCAUCAUUUAACUAAAGCUGAGCUGCUCCAGCACUGCAGGAGGAGAACACGGGGAGAAGAAACCACUUUCCGCCUCCUUGAUAUGCUCAUCAGAGAGCUCAUGGGUGGCAAGGGGAAUGAUGCUCUUGGUGUUCCUCUACUUGACAGUGUGAGAAUGCAGCACAUCUGGAAUGUCCAGAGGCGGCACAUCACCUGUAUCCAAGACCCUCCAAAUGUGCCGCUCUAUACUGAAACUGGAACUACAAGCAAGGGUGGGGUGGUUCUAAAAACUUAUCGUUGUGCCAGAGGCUCCACAUCCCUGGAAUCAUUUCACUGCCACCUAAACAGAUUUAUUCCAGGGAACAGCGCAAACAGCCUGAACUUCCAGAUUUAUCUCCUGGAAGGUUUAUUACGCUGGAAUCAGGACCGGGCUGAAGCUGCUGUUGCAGAUGGAGGUUCAACUCUGCGCUCUUACACAGGGGAGCUGGUUUACUCUGUCAAUGAGAACUACAAUAAGUUGUAUGGCAGGAAAUUGGUCCCUAGCUUCACUCCACCUGCAGUAUACACAGGGGAGCUCAUUGGAGUACAGUACUUGUUGAGGCAGAAUAGUCAGCCCCUGGAGGACAUGUGCCCUACCUCUGAUAGGACCUCUCAAUUGCUGGAGGAGAUAGAUGUGGAGGAGCAAGUGGAAAAGGAUGAGGGUUUCAUUGAUUUCUUUGGAGAGGAAGCCACAGUGGCAAAUCUUGUGGCAUCAGAUGACUUAGUCCUUUCAGGUCCACCAGUUCUACCAGCUGCACCAGUUCCCAGUGUCCAGGCUCCUACAGCUGCACCACUGCCCAGUGUCAAAAUUCCACCACUGCCCAUUGUCCAGACUCCACCACUGCCCAGUGUCCAGACUCCACCAUUGCCCAGUGUCCAGACUCCACCAUUGCCCAGUGUCCAGACUCCACCAUUGCCCAGUGUCCAGACUCCACCACUGCCCAGUGUCCAGGCUCCACCACUGCUCAGAGUCCGGGCUCCUUCAACUGCACCAGUGCCCAGUGUAGCUGCAUCACUGCUCAGUGUCCAGGCUCCACCAUUGUUCAGAGUCCGGGCUCCUUCAGCUGCACCAGUGCCCAGUGUCCAGGCUCCACCACUGCUCAGAGUCCGGGCUCCUUCAGCUGCACCAGUGCCCAGUGUAGCUGCACCACUGCCCAGUGUCCAGACUCCACCACUGCCCAGUGUCCAGGCUCCACCACUGCUCAGAGUCCGGGCUCCUUCAGCUGCACCAGUGCCCAGUGUAGCUGCAUCACUGCUCAGUGUCCAGGCUCCACCACUGCCCAGUGUCCAGGCUCCACCACUGCUCAGAGUCCGGGCUCCUUCAGCUGCACCAGUGCCCAGUGUAGCUGCAUCACUGCUCAGUGUCCAGGCUCCACCACUGCUCAGAGUCCGGGCUCCUUCAGCUGCACCAGUACCCAGUGUCCAGGAUCCUUUAGAUACACCAGUGCCCUCAGCAAUGGCUGUUGACGAACACUGCAUUCCUGGAAUGGACCGGGUGGAUGCGUUGGCAGAGUGUCUGGUGGAGCUGCGCACACAGACAAGCCUCACACUUACCAACCAACAAGUUGCGACCAUUGUGGGUCUGUGGCAGAACCUGGACAAAUUUGAUAAAGACAGGGUGGUGUAUGCUGCUCGUCAUCAAGACAGGCUACUUACAGGACGUUUUAGGUCCCCAAAAAAGAAAGCUGUCUUCACUCCUGGUGUCGACAGCACAAAAAGGUGUGUUUUGGGUUCUAGCGGCUCUCCAGCACAGUGGCCUAAUUGCUGUCGCCUUGUUGAAAUGAUUUUCAUAAGGUUAUGUAACAUCCACCGAAGCCCCAAGAAACAGCGGACAGAAUCUCUGUCUAGAUGGGAUCUCAUUCUUCGUGAUUACAGAAAAAUUCGGCAGCUAAUCCUGAGCAAUGGAACGGUGAUGAAUGACACAACCCUUCAGCUAGUUGAGGUAAAUCAGAGGACCCUUACGACAUGGCACAAUAACCGUUUAAAGGGUCAGGAGGUCUCCUUGCUGUUGCAAGGGCUGGACCUUCCAGAGGCACGUCCAGUGGCUUUGGAUGUUUUGCCUCCAGCACGAGUACAGCCUGUUGUGCCUCCACAAUAUAGCCACCAGUUGCAUACCUACCAGAUGCCACCAGACACAGCUGGACAGGCAAAGACAAAGUUUAGAAAGAUUGCGCCCUCAGCUACCUGUACAUCUGCCACAGCAACUUCAAUCUGGCCAUCAGCCGUACACCCUCAGCGUUCAGCCACGUCCAGCCAGCUAAGGACAAUUUGUCCCAGGCCGACAGCACCACACCCAUUGGUUCCUGACACACCCACUGCCCCUGUUGUGUCUCAGAUGUUUCUGGUGCCCUGCCCAGCCCCAUUUUCCACCAUUAACCCUGGAGCAAUUUCCUCUGAGCCACCUGCAAAUGACACAGCCACUCCAACCAAACGAUCAUACAAUCGCACUAUUGACGAGCAUAGCUGCGAAUGA